AUGGAGCUUCCUUCUACAAACAAAGAUGACUUCAUCUACUGGAAGUUCCACCCCCCGGGAAGAUACACGCUUAAGACGGGUUAUUACUUCCUUAUGAGAGAGCAAGAAUCAGCUAGAAGCGACAUUCAUAAUGACAAGGACCAGGAUUUUGUAAAGCUGAUUUGGAGGCUGAAUAUCCAGCCUAAAUGGAAGGUCUUUUUAUGGAAGCUCUACCACAAUGGUCUUGCCAUAAAGGUUAAUUUGGCCAAUAGGGGUAUUCCUAUGGACGAAACGUGUGGUUACUGUGGGGAGGACCCCGAAGAUACCCAACAUCUUUUCAGAUUAUGUAUUCUAGCAAAGGAAGUCUGGGGACAUAGCUCUCUGGCAAUUUUCUCUGACUCUACUGGAUUUGACUCAUUGAGAGAUUGGAUCCAAUCAUUUAUCCUGCUGUUUAAUAGCGAGGAUGGUAAGAAUAGUUCCCGUGUUACCCUGUUCAUAGCAACGCUAUGGGGAAUUUGGAAAACAAGAAACGCGAGGUGCUUCAAUGGUAGGACUGGAGGAAGAAACUUGGUUAAGGAGUUCAUCGAUCAAGCAAUGAGAAACCAUGAGACCUUCACAAAUGAGGAUGAACGACAAUAUGAGAAUAUGGAGGAGGAACGACAUGGGAACCUGCCCCCACCAGGUUUCAAUCAUGUUCAGUUGGGUCGAGUAAAGGAGGGCUUUGCAAAUUUCAGGGUAAGCGUGGAUGGUUCUUGGGAUAAAAAGACCAAGAGGGCAGGGAUUGGUUGGUCAGUCAUGGGAAAUGGGCUAGCAAUGACGACAAGGGAAGGAGGUAGACACAGAGCCGCGAACUCAGCCCUUCAUUGUGAAGCUUGGGCAUGCUUGGAAGGGAUGAAGUGGGCCCAGACCCAGGGCAAACAGGGUAUCCUCAUUCUGUCUGAUUCGAGCAGCCUCAUCAAUAACCUUAGAGGCGAAAAAGGAAAGGACUUAGAGAUAUCAUGGACGGUAAAUGAGAUAAAAGAGUUGGGUGCUUCCUUCUUUAGUUGCACCAUUCUAAAGGUGUCAAGAGACCAAGUUAACAAUCACUUUUGUAUACACCCGGUUUUCAGUAAUUUACUGUACAUCGAGUUCACUUUUGUCAAAUUUAGUGUCACUUUUGUCAAAUUUAGUAUCACUUUUGUGAAAUUUAUCAAUGAAGCAUAA